UUGUGGACGAUUCAAAACAACCAAAACAUAAGAAAACUCACAUCCCAUAGAUACAGAGACUCAUAAUAUUCUUACAAGACAAGAGAGUUAGAACAGUGUUUUUCGCAAAACAGAAGACAACUCAUGGCAGAAGGAGGAGCAACAUUGGAGUACACUCCGACAUGGGUUGUUGCUGUAGUUUGCACUGUCAUCGUUGCCAUUUCUCUCUUUGUUGAACGCUUUCUCCAUUAUCUUGGCAAGUUUUUGAAGAAAAAGAAGCAGAAACCUCUUUUUGAAGCCUUGCAAAAGAUUAAAGAAGAGUUGAUGCUGUUGGGGUUCAUCUCACUGUUACUGGCAGUGUUUCAAGGAAGAAUAGCCAAAAUCUGCAUACCCAAGGACUUGGCCACUAAAUGGAUGCCUUGCGAGAAAGAUGAAGAGAAGAAUGCUUCAACUACUGCCCAUUUUCAAUCCUUCUUCUCCUUCAUUUCACCUCAUGGCACCGGUCGUCGUCUUCUCGCCGAGGCCUCCAGUUCCGAAGAAUACUGCAGCGCCGAUGAGGGAAAGGCCCCAUUGUUAUCUACCACAGCGUUGCAUCAUCUUCACAUAUUCAUCUUUGUCCUAGCUGUUGCACAUGUGACUUUCUGUGCUCUAACCAUUCUUUUUGGAGGAGCCAAAAUUCGUCAAUGGAAACACUGGGAAGAUUCUGUUUCAAAAGAGGAAUAUGAUGCAGAAGAAGUUCUUAAAACAAAGUAUACCCAUGUCCAUGAGCAUGAUUUCAUCAAGAAUCGCUUUCGGGGUGUUGGCAAAAGUGCUUUUCUAGGUUGGUUGCACUCAUUUUUCAAGCAGUUUUAUGGAUCUGUAAACAAAUCAGAUUAUACCACUCUGCGAUUAGGCUUCAUUAUGAAUCAUUGCAGGGGAAACCCAAAAUUUGACUUUCACAAGUACCUGAUGCGUGCCUUUGAUGCCGAUUUUAAGAAAGUUGUUGGAAUAAGCUGGUAUCUUUGGUUGUUUGUAGUCCUUUUCCUGUUGCUGAAUGUUCACGGUUGGCAUGCAUAUUUCUGGAUAGCCUUCAUUCCAGUCAUUCUUCUACUUGCUGUAGGCACUAAGCUAGAGCAUGUAAUCAGCCAAUUGGCCCAUGAGGUUGCUGAAAAACAUGUAGCAGUUGAAGGAGAUUUGGUAGUUAAACCUUCAGAUGAUCACUUCUGGUUUCACAGGCCGCGCCUUGUUCUCUUACUCAUUCAUGUCAUCCUAUUCCAAAACUCUUUUGAAAUUGCAGUUUUCUUCUGGAUUUGGAUUCAAUAUGGUUUUGACUCCUGCAUUAUGGGACGAAUUGUUUUUAUCAUUCCAAGACUCGUCCUCGGGGUGUUUGUUCAGUUCCUUUGCAGCUAUAGUACCCUACCACUUUAUGCACUUGUCACACAGAUGGGAACUUCAUUCAACAAAGCUAUCUUUGAUGAAGAUGUACAAGAAGGGCUUGUUGGCUGGGCUAAGCAAGCAAAAAAGAAAAUGGGAUUGAAGAAGGCAGCUAACAAUGGCCCUACCCAAGUGGGCCAGAAGCAGACUUUUCCCACUGCAGUUCAAUUGGCUAAAGUUAGUGAUGAUCAGAAGCAAUCUGCAAUGGAAGAGGGCAAUAAUGCUGGCGAAAUUACGCCCGAAAGAAACUCCAAUGGAGUACACAAAUGAAGAGCCUCAUUGUCAUGCUGAUCUCCCCUGAAGCUACGGCUUAAAACUUAGUCAAUGUUACCAAUUUUGGCGAUUCCAUAUCAUAGUACAUACGCAGCUUAGGCUAAACAAGGUUUCUCAAAUAUUGUAUGAUAGUAGUUUCUUGUAAAAAACUCUUAUCUUUAUUUGCUAAAUCAAAAAGGAAAUUUAGACUCAAAGUGU